UACUGAGAUUUUGGGCCAUUCAUUCAUACCGACUGUAGACUUUACGUCGUGCAAUCCAACCAAAAGGGUUAACUUUGAAAAUGGUGGUUUUAAAAGUGAUUUGUCUAGUUCUACUAUUGGAAAUUAGUGCAGUGCUGAGUGAAGAUCAGGAAGGAGAUUUGGAAACAGCCGAAACCGCCUUCGUUGGAACGAAAUUAUUGCUGCUGAAAGGCUUGGGAUUAGGCGGAAUUCUAUUGGCGUCUCAAAAUUCAGGCUCAGGAAGCUCUGGUUUUAGUGGAUUAGGUAAUUUAGGUGGAUUAGGGGACAUAACCAGUAAACUCAGCAGCAAAUUUGGUGGUCUGGGCGGAGGCGGUUCUGUAAAUUCUGUAAGCUAUGACGCUCCACCUCCACCACCAUACAGCAGCUAUAGCACUAAUUACGUCUCCGCACCUGCACCACCACCACCAUCCUAUGCAAGUUAUGCUGCCAACUACGUAGCUGCUCCGGUCCAAGCUCCUCCACCACCGCCACCACCACCGGCGCCAGUGACGUACUCCGUUCCAGCUCCAGCUCCGGUUCCAGUGACGUACGCCGAUGUUCCCGCUCAAUCUCCAGUGUCAUCCGGGUACAGCGGUAACUUCCAACUAAUCGGCAUUUUGACACCGGUUCAGCAAGUUCAGGCUCCUGCCCCGGUCAGUUACUCCAGUCAAGCUCCAGCCCAAGUCAGCUACUCCAAUCAGGUUGCCUCCAGUUACUACAGUGCUCCUGCUCCUGUAUCUUCUCAUGAGCCAUGUGACAAUUAGUGUUAGGAAAAUCGUUUCAUCAAGUGUUCAACAUUCAUUGCCAGAUUUAUAUCAUAGUUCAGGGAUACAAAAAAUGCUCAAAAUAAUUUAUGGUCUAGUAUUCUGUAAUUAUAUUUAACUGUACUGAUUGACGAACUGACUUUUGCGUGUUUAUUUUACCUAAAUAUACAUGUUUGAAUCCACUUAUAAAUUGAUGUCUACGUUGUCAAGAGAGACAGAGACAAUAGAUCGACAUUUGAACAAUGCUGAAAAAAUAUAGUAUCAAUGAUUUUGUAGAAUACUUCAUAGAAAAUCUAGCGAUGUACAAAAAUAAAUAAUCAUUUCUGUUAGAAUCUAACAAAAACCGUAUCUACAUCAAAAUCGUCAAAUAUAGAUAAAAUCGAACUUAUGUUAACAAAA